AUGUUGACGAUGGAGACGGAUUUAAAGGGCGGCAGCCUGCACGCUACGGUGCCGCCGCACCACGCGCUUCAACACGGCUACGGCUCGUUGGGCGCGCUCGGUGGCAUGAUGUCGCUGCCGCAGCAACAACAGCUGGCGCAACACCAGCCGCUGCAGCAUCACCAACACCAACCCCUGCCUCAGCACCACACGCAGCCCCAACAACAGCACCAUCAACCUCCGAACAACAACAACAAUAAUACCAGCAAGAACUCCAAUGCGGAGAGGGUGAAACGUCCUAUGAACGCGUUUAUGGUGUGGUCGCGCGGGCAGCGAAGAAAGAUGGCAUCGGAUAAUCCUAAAAUGCAUAACUCAGAAAUAUCUAAACGUUUAGGUGCACAGUGGAAAGAUCUCUCAGAAUCUGAGAAGCGACCGUUCAUUGACGAAGCGAAGAGGCUUCGAGCCGUUCACAUGAAAGAACAUCCCGAUUAUAAAUAUAGACCGAGGAGGAAAACGAAGACACUAGCGAAAAAGCAAGAGAAGUAUCCUUUGGGUGGCGGAGCAUUACUAGGAGCGGGUGACGCUCAAAGAACGGCUGCCCCAACGGCGCAACAGCCGCGCGAUGUGUAUCAAAUGACUCCUAACGGUUACAUGCCUAACGGAUACAUGAUGCACGAUCCUAGCGCUUACCAGCAGCAGGCGUAUGGAUAUCCACGCUACGAUGUAUCGCAAAUGCAGCAGGGCGGUUACGGAGGUGGAUACUACGGCGGAGGGCAGGGAUCGCCAUACCUUCCACAGCCGCCGUCGCCCUCUGCGUACGGGCUGGGCCCAGGCUCGCCGGGCGGAUACGCUCUACCGGCUUCCUGCGCAUCGCAUUCCCCCAGCGGCUCCUCUGCCAAGUCAGAACCCGUAUCUCCCGGACCACCAGGCCUGAAGCGCGAGUAUGUGUCCCAUGAACCCCCUGCGCAAUUAAAACGUGAAUUCGGCGCGCACGGACACAUACCCGGACAGACGCACCCCCACGAGCAGCUGGCGAUGAAGCGUGAGUACGGGCAGCAGGACCUGAGCCACAUCAUCAAUAUGUACCACGUGCCCGACGAACAGCGGUACGCCGCCGCCGGAGAGCGCGCGAUGCCGCUCAUC